UUUGUCGUUCCCCACCGCCUCUCUCUCCUUCUCCAUUGCCCGGUGCAGCAUGGCGUUGGUCUAUGUCCAUGUGGGAGAGGCGACACAGGUGGUGGCCGAGACCGCGGUGGCGUUACUGGCCAACGUGAGGGUGGGUCCGCUGCUGCAGCGGACGCGAGCGCGGCCUGUAGAGGCCAAUGUAACCUUUGGAGAGGCCUUUGUCUUUGCACUCGAGCGUGGGCCGAUGCUCAACUCUGCAGACGUGAGCGUCGAGGUUCUGGGGCUGACCUCUGCACCGCUCUCUGCGCGGGCUUCGCUUGCGCUCAAGAGCUCGUCGCCGCUGGCGGCGGUGGCAUCUUCGGAAGGGCGGUCGGCGUCGUUUUCGCUCGACUCGGGCGGAUCGCGGCGGCUGACUGGGAGCUUGGGCGGGCCUGGACCAGGCGCGAUGGUGGCGGUGCUGGGGGAGAUUGCCAUUCCGCUGCCGCGGAUGGGCAAGCUGAUGCGGUCGUCGGUCUGGCUCGGCUCUGUUGGCGGCGGCAUGGUGUCGAUUGCAGUCAAGGUCAUUGCGGUGGAGCGCGGGCCGUCGCGGGAGCUCGCUGGAUGGAACCCGCCUGACACGCGACACACAUCGGGGACGCAGCACAUUCCGCUGCUGGACGAGGGCAGGAGUGGGCAGGCCGAGCCUGAGUACUACGACCCGAGGGGGGCGCCUUUGGUGACCGGAACCGUCACCUGGGCCCGCGACGUGCCAACCAAGCGGGUGUACACCAAAUCGGACUUGUUCACGGCGUACGUGGAGAAUCCGGCGUCUGAGUCGCGGUGGUACGCACGGUUCUUUGCCGGCAACGUCCACGACAACUUUGUGGCCAAGUCAGAGGCCUUCCGUGGCUCGGUUGUCAUUGUCUCGACGAUGUUGACGACGAUUCCAGGCCUCGGUAACCAGUACUGGGUCAUUGUGUGGAGCAAGGACGCGAUUGUGCGGCGGAUUGUGUCUGUGGCGUCCAACACUUCGCUGCGGUUCCCGGAGCUGCUGCAGCGUGUGGCGCCAGCGAUCUACGCACGCGGCUACAAGCUCUUUUCCAAGGUGGUGUACCCGGCGCCAGGCCUCGAGGCUGCGCUGGUGUCUGUGGAGAACGGCGACGAACCGCAACUGACGAUGAAGAUUGGCGUGCUGUUUGCCAAGCACGGGCAGACCGACGAGAACGAGAUGUUCUCGAACCGCAACGGGUCGGAGGCUUUUGAGGAGUUUCUCGACCUGCUCGGCGAGCGCGUGACGCUGCAGGGCUUCAAGGGAUACGCCGCGCAGCUGGACACCCGCAACAACGGUUCGGGCCUCACCUCGGUCGCCACCUCGUUUGGCGACCACCAGAUUAUGUUCCACGUCUCGACGCUGCUGCAGUAUGAUCCGACGGACGAGCAGCGGAUUCAGCGGAAGCGAUUCAUCGGCAACGACAUUGUGGUCAUUGUGUUUAUGGACGGAACGACGCCGUACGACGUGCAGACCAUGAAGUCGCAGUACACCAACGUGCUUGUGGUGGUCCAGCCCUCGCCGACCGACGCCAACGCGUACCUGGUGACCACAGCCAACGGACCGGGCAUCCCACCGUUUGGGCCCGAGGCUGCUGUUGAGUACCCGCGCGACUCGGACUUUGUUGACUGGCUCCUCUCUAAGUGCAUUAACGGGCAGACGGCGACGUGCGCCGGUGCCGAGUUCCAGAUCCGUGAGAAGCGGACUCGCGCCGUGCUCCUCGACAACAUCUAUAACGAGCUUCCGCCGUCGGCCUUUGAGCGCAAGAAGAAGCGCAUGUACGAGUUUGCGUCGACCGGCCGCCAGUUCCUGCAGGCGCUCCCGGUUGCUGAUCCUCAGAUCUUCCAGCUCUUUCCCAUGCUCGACGCUUUCCCACACCGCAUCUCAUGCUUUGACUCGAUCGAUGAGAUCCUGUUCUUUGGCACGCCUGCCGGCGUGUACAAGACUGCUGGCAACACGUCCGAGUGCCACAAGGUGACCGAUCUGGCUGAGGUAGGCCAGAUUGCACUUCUGCCGGAGCUCAACAUGCUUCUCAUCCUCACUUCGCCGCCGUCGGCGCGGCUGUAUGCGUUCUCGCUCCGCGAGCUCCUCGCCGAUGGCCCGGCUGGCCAGCCGCAGGUUGCACUUGUUCCGGUCAAGUCGCCGCUCUCGUUUGAGGUCGGCGUGGUGGCGCGGCAGCGGGUGGUGGCGGUGGCGGUGCCUGAUGGCGCGGUCCAAGUCUUCGGCAUGUCGGCCACGCGCGAGUUUUCGCCGCUUGUCACGCUCCGGACCGAGGGCACGCUCAUCAACGCCAUGGCCUUUACGCCCACCGGCCUUGCUGUCGGCUACGAGUGUGCGCUGCCGGACUCUGCGCAGGCCGGAGCGGUGGAGCAGCUCUACUUGCCGUACCCGAUGUACACGGCGUCUGCGCUUGACGCGGUGCCGAUGGACGCUUUCUACUUGCCUGGCACCGGCGUCUUUCUCUGCUUCCAGUCUUUUGGUGUUCUUGUAGAUGCGCUCGGCGCUGUGAUCCUCCGCAUCGACUGGGAGAUCGAGCCGAUCUCGUUUGCCUGCUUUGGCACGUUCCUCAUUGUCUUUUCCGUGGGUAUCACCCAGGUCCGCUCGCUCAUCAACGGCUCGCUUGUCGAGUCACAUCUGCUCAUGGCGACGUCGCCGUUUGUUUGCGCCGGCGACACGAUUUUCGCGUCGGUCAAGGGCUACGACUCGUGGUCGGUCACCAUGUUCACGCCUGUCCACAAGUAUCCAGAGUUGCUGACGUCAGAUCCGGCGCUGAGGCCCGGUGCGAGCGCGGCCGAGUCUGCGGCGCAGGCGGCCGACGCAGCUUCCAAGGCCGCAGCAUCGGCCGAGGCCGCGGCCGCGGCUGACAGCGCCUCGUCGCCCGCGGGCAUUGACGAGGAGUACUCGAAGCUCCGGCGCGGGCGCGAGACAACACGCAUGCAUCGGCGCUCGAUUGUGGGCUUGCAGCAGAUCUCACCAACGGCCGUGCUUGCCGACGAUGACGAUGCAGUCGUUCACACCUCGUCGUUGGAGGCGAUGUGGGAGGCGUCGGCUCGGGAGCAGGCGUCGCAGGUUGACGCCGCAGCUGCUGCGGCAACAGCGUCUCUCGAGGUUGAGGCGUCGCGGCGAAAGGAGGCGCGCAAGUCGCUAGCGCAAGUCGCGCUGUCGGACUUUAACUUUGACGACGCGAGCGGUGGCGAGAGCGGAGGCGCGGGGGAUGCGGGCGGCGGGAGCAGGGCCGACGCGAGCGGGAGCGCCAGCAGAUCUUCGGGCGCACUGGCAACAGUCGGCGGCAUGGCGUUUGGAGCCAACGUCGACGCCGACGCCCUCACCGGCCUCGAGCGGCACCUCUUCCGCUUUGGCGUGUGCAUGAACGAGCUUGUGGAGUGCAUCGCGACCAAGAACAAGUCGAUCAUCAUCCAGGGCAUGUCGCAGGUGGUCAACCAGGUCAAGAUCAUCACCCGUCUAGUGGACGCGUCAGUCCCGCCGCCGCCCGCGGCCAUGACAGCAGCGGCGUCGUCGAUUCAGCAGGCCGCCGCUGUGGCGCUCCGCGCUGGCAAGCGGGUGAUGAUGACGUCGUCAGCCGAGGACUGGACCGCGUUUGCGCGCGAGAACCUCGCGCUCACCGUCACAACCCACAAGCUGUUCCGGCUGCUUCACAAGGCCGAGUAAAGGCAUAUGACCGCCAAGCAGGAAGUAAACGGGCUGCGAAAAGUGGA